AUGAAAACCUUUCUUCUGUUUUCCCUUCUUUUCUGGCUGCUAUACUUUCCACUAUGUUCAGCUAGAGAUACUUUGAGCUUUGGCAAGAACAUAUCUCAAGACAGCUCAGAAAAUCUUGUUUCAAUUGGCGAAAAAUUUCAACUCGGUUUUUUCUCCUUACCAAUUGAAAGUGAAGCAAGCACCACAACUCUUAAAAAGUACUUAGGAAUAUGGUAUCAAAAUUUGGAGCCACAAACAGUGGUAUGGAUAGCCAAUAGAAACAAGCCUAUUGUAGAUUCCAAUGGAGUUUUUCAAAUUUCACAGGAUGGAAAUCUUGUAGUAGCAGAUGCAUCACAGAGUUAUUGGUCCACAGAUUUAGAAGUGUCCUCGUCAAGAAAUUAUACAGUGAAGCUCUUGGAUUCUGGAAACCUAGUGCUAAUGGAUGAUGAUCAUGGUUAUUUGUGGCAGAGCUUUCAACAUCCAACGGAUACAUUUCUUCCCGGUAUGAAAAUGGACAUGAAUUUAACAUUGAGUUCUUGGAAAAACGAGAGCGAUCCAGAAAGUGGAAGCUUCGUCUUUAAGCAGGCUCGAAGAGGGGACUAUUCAAAUUUUAUAGUAAACAACCAGUUACAACUUUACUGGUCAUUUGAUGGAGACAAUUCAGAUAAGAUGAUCCAUAUCAUUCGUUACUUGUUGGAAAACGCGACAUCCUAUUCAUUGUAUGGCAAGUUAUUAAACAAAACCGUCGAAGGAGAUUCUUAUUAUGAUAAAUCAAGGCUGUUGAUGAAUUCUAGUGGGGAGAUACAAUUUUGGAAGUGGGAUGAAAGCAUUAAUCAAUGGUUUAACAUGUGGUCGCGGCCUGAUGUAUGUGACAUAAAUAACUAUUGUGGUAACUUUAGCAGCUGCAACAAAAAUAAUUUGUUUCCAUGUAAGUGUUUACCAGGAUUCCGUCCCAGGUUGUCGGGUAAUAACUACGUUGGAAAACGCUUUCAAGGGUGUGUUAGAAAAUCAUCAAUGCCGUGUAUCAGUUCCACUGCCACAACCAACAAUAACAUGAUGUUCAUCAACUUAACCAAGAUAAAAGAAGGAAAACCAGACAUAACAGUCUUUUCAGAGACCGAAGAAAGUUGUCAAUCUCAAUGUCUCAACAUGUGUCCAACCUCCCCGUGCAACGCUUAUUCAUAUAAUUCUUCUUAUUCUGAUCGUAGUAGUAACUCUAUAUGCGGGAUAUGGACACGAGAAUUGCCUACGCUUCAAGAGGAGCAAGAUGAUGGCCACGAUUUUUCGAUCCUAGUCAAGACCUCAGACAUAGAAUCAACUGUAAAAUCAUGUGGACCUUGUGGCACAUACAUAAUUCCUUAUCCUCUAAGCACCGGGCCAACAUGUGGAGACCCUAUGUACAACAAGUUCAAUUGUAAUUCACUGACAGGCCAGGUCAGUUUCAUGAUGCAAGAUGGAAAAUCAUAUCGAGUUACCUUGAUUAAAGAAGUGGAUAGAAAGUUUUACAUCCAAACGAAUGAUUCUGAUUCAGAUCGCUGUGAUGAAUCCAGUUCCGAUAGUUAUCAAGAUGAUAAACCUAGUUCACCAUUUAGUGUGACUAGUUGGUGUUACAGGGAAGACGAAAUAGAACUCAAUUGGGCACCAGCACCGGAACCACUUUGUGAUAAGUAUUUUGGCUGCAAAAGUUGGACUCAUUCCACAUGCAUUGCAGAUAGGUGCCACUGUGAUUCAAAAUAUUCGUGGAACGCUUCAAGUUUAAGCUGUACCAAAGAAUCAUCAAGAAACCAUUCUACCUAUCGAAUGCGAUUGAUUAUUGGAAUAAUUUGUAUAGUCAUCAUUAUCCUAACAUGUAUAGGAGUGCUUGCUUAUGUAACAAGAAACAAAAUAGCCCACAAGUUUGAUAAGGUGAGCAUUCGAAUUCAAGAGAGCUUGUACGACAGUGAAAAACAUGUGAAAGAUUUGAUCGGCUUAGGAAAUUUAGAAGAAAAUGAAGGUGAAAGCAUUGAAGUACCUUAUUAUACUUUUAGAAGCAUUCAAGCCGCUACAAAUAAUUUUUCAGAUUCAAACAAGCUUGGACAAGGAGGUUAUGGUCCUGUUUAUAAGGUGAUUGGUUCAGUUAACUUUACUCUCUCGCAAUCAAAAUAUCGAUAUUAUGCAAAAUUUUCUCAUGAUAUUUGGAUUGUUUUUAUUCAGGGAAUAUUUCCUGGAGGUCAAGAUAUUGCUAUAAAGAGACUUUCGAGUGUUUCAACUCAAGGCUUGCAAGAAUUUAAAAAUGAGGUUGUUUUGAUUGCAAAACUUCAACAUCGAAAUCUUGUUAGACUUAGGGGUUAUUGCGUUAAAAGAGAUGAAAAAAUCCUACUAUAUGAAUACAUGUCAAACAAGAGCUUGGACUUAUUUAUAUUUGACCGAACACGAACGGUACUUUUGGAUUGGAAAUUGCGGUUUGAUAUUAUUUUAGGCAUCGCUCGAGGGAUGCUUUAUCUUCAUCAGGACUCAAGAUUGAGAGUGAUUCAUAGAGAUCUUAAAACAGGUAACAUUCUUUUGGAUGAGGAGAUGAAUCCAAAGAUAUCAGAUUUUGGUCUUGCAAAGAUAUUUGGGGGGAAAGAGACCGAAGCAAGCACGGAAAGAAUAGUGGGAACCUAUGGAUAUAUGGCACCAGAAUAUGCUUUGGAUGGAUUGUUUUCAGUUAAAUCCGAUGUUUUUAGCUUUGGUAUAAUCCUACUAGAGAUUAUCAGUGGUAAAAAGAACACAGGUUUCUAUCAGUCGAAAGAAACGGCUGCUAGCCUUUUGAGUUAUGCAUGGAGAUUAUGGACAGAGAAUAAGCUUCUGGAUUUAAUGGACAUGGCUCUAAGUGAAUCUUGUGAUCAUAAUCAAUUUGUUAAGUGUGCGCGUGUUGGGCUCUUAUGCGUGCAAGAUGAACCAGGUGAUCGACCUACCAUGUCAAAUAUUUUAACAAUGCUCGAUAAUGAGACUUCAACCAUCCCAAUUCCAACAAAACCAACAUUUUUCAUGAGCAAACACCAUUCUUGCACUUCUUCUUCUAGCAAAUUAGAAAUAAGUAUGCAUUUUGAUACCAGUUAUCAAGUAGGUCGAUAG